AUGGCUCAGAGCAACAGAGAUGGGAUGGAGAGCUUGGAGGCGUCUACAAGGGCUCUUCUGGAUAUCGCGACUCAAGAUGAAACAGCAGAGAGCUUCUCGUUCUCACAGAAAGAAACCGAGAUUUUAGAGCUCUACGACCGUGUCUUUGAACUGAAACUGGAAGAAGCACUGUUGAAUCAUGAACUCCCUGAAGACACACAAGUAGAAGAUAUAGACGUGAAACUAGCAGAGGCAGAGCGCGAAUUGCUCGAGGUUAGGGCAAGGGUCUCGGUUCAGAGAAAGGUCGUCGAAAGCGUUCUCAUGACUGAGCCUAGCCUGCAGGCAGUUCACUCAGCGCCUUCAUCACCGCUUGACAGGGCCCUUCUUCGGCUUAUCAACAAGCGAGAUAUUUUAUCACUCGCCUAUGAGAAUAUGCUGACCACAUAUACUACCUGUAUUCGAAAGCUAUCCAGUACUGAAGUCUCCAAUAUCCAAAAUAUCAAACAGAAUCAGGAGCUGGUCCAGUCCCUGCUUAAGCUGACUAACAGUGAGAAGUCAGCGGAUGAGGAGAUACCAGACCUUGAGCUGAAGGAGGAACUAAACAGCUUGAAAUCUGAGAACAAACAGAAAAAGGCCCAGUGGACGCGCAUAAAGCGCAUAGUGAGUGCUUCUGUCGCUGCUAGCGGAGUCGACUGGGCCAGCGAUGAGAAGCUUGAAAGACUUGUCCUUGAUGAUGAUGAAUUUGAUGACAUCUGA